UUCAAAUGCACAAACAUCUCGACAUUAUUCAUGAUAUUUUAACAAAAGGUAGUUGUCAUCACAGCAUCUGCUUUGCUUCAUAUGGAAACAUCGAUCCAUGAAGCACUCGCUUUAUCUCAUGUAUUGCUCCUAGCACCUCAACAACAUAGUCAACUCAUGAUUGAUGUUUUCACUGAAGAAAUCUUGGAUACUUUGACCGAAAAUCUUGUACAUGAAUCAUUGAAACUGAAACUCGAUACUGGAGACGUUAUCUGCAAAAAAGUAUUUCGGAUUAUUGAUUUGUUACAAAUGCAUCAACUAGAUAAUGAUGAAGCCAAUGUACAAUUAUUACAGCUUUGUGGACAUGUAGUUAUCCAGUCCUAAAAAAACGUGUUUUAUUACAAUCGACUAAUAUCGAAUCGAACGCCAGUGGUGAUAAAAGACCAGAUGCAACCCUGACAAAGCUCACCUAACUCUCAUAUGGGCCAAGCCUGGGCUUUAGUGAAGCAAAAGUAACACAGCCCACUACAAAC